AUGGUGGAUAUUAGUUAUAACAACGUUACCACUUAUAUAAACACUACAACUAUCUUACCUUCAAAUGAUUAUAUCAGUGAUAUAACUUUUUAUGGUUAUUGCAGCCUAUUUAUAGUAAUUUUCGGUACAUUAUUUAAUGUAUUAGGAUUCGCCGUAUUAUGUCGACGAACGUUCCGCGACACAAAAACACGUCCAGUAACGCAUUAUAUGCGUCUAAUCAUGGUAAUGGAUUUGCUAAGUGUGUAUGGGUGGAAUUUAGACAACUAUUUACAGAUCAUUCACGGGUUUACUCUGGCUUAUUCUUAUACAAUCGCAUCUUGCAAAUUCUCCAUAUUUUUUAAUACUGUUUUAAUGCAAGCAUCGGCAUGGAUACGUGUAUUCAUUUGUCUUGAUCGAUACUUAGCUCUAAGUCGAAUGCAACCCAAUACGUGGUUCAAUCGAUCAAGAAACAUACUCACCAUUAUCGCUGGCACCAUUGUAUUCUUCAUUCUCUUUAAUUUGCACUUUUUAAUAUUUGUAUGCUAUCGUGAUACUAGCGGUCAAAUCGUCAUAGAUUCAACUCUUUUUCGUGUCUAUCCUACAUACAGCCGAGUGAAUAUGGCCAUCGGUAUUUGUCUCCCUUUCUUGCUUAUGAUGUCAUUCAACAGUAUUUCAAUAUACCAUCUCAUUCAACUACGAAAUACAACUUUGGUACAAAAUUCACGUAUUCGACAUCGAUCUAUAUCCAUUACGCUUAUCAUUACAGCUUUUCUGUUCCUCGUAACAAGUGUACCAUCGAAAAUGAUCUACAGCUUUUUCUUUGAUCAGCUUGGUGGAAGUAUUUGGGGUCAGCGCAUCUUAAAUACGUUUGACACGAUUGGGUACAUAUAUCCUUUGCUGGACUUUCCGAUCUACUUAGCAACGUUCAGCGAAUUUCGCCAUGAACUGUUCAAUUUUGUGGCAAGGAAAAGAGAAGUUCACUCGACAGCUCAAACAAAUAGACAACUCCAUGUUACAUAA